UAUGUGCAGUGACGUAUAGUAUAUUGAUAUAUUCAUUCAGAUUUCUUCGAUUAGACGAAAAUUAGAUAUUUUUGUACUAAUACUAAUUUCUUAGACUUCAUAUGCGUGAUAUGAACACUAUAAUUGUGUUUUUUAUUUAAAUAUCUGAAGUAAAAGUUGACUUUUACAUGUUUUUCUAUUAUACAAGCAAUGGCAAAAACUAAGGUUACUGGUGCGACUAGUAGACUAAAACAAGAUUACCUCCGGCUGAAAAAUGAUCCUGUACCGUAUGUUACUGCGGAACCCGUUCCUUCAAACAUUCUAGAAUGGCAUUAUGUUGUAAAAGGUCCCGAAAAAAGUCCAUAUGAAGGCGGAUAUUAUCAUGGAAAAAUUAUAUUUCCCAGAGAAUUUCCGUUCAAGCCCCCAUCUAUAUACAUGAUUACUCCAAAUGGACGAUUCAAGACGAAUACAAAAUUGUGCCUUAGCAUUACUGAUUUCCAUCCAGACACAUGGAAUCCAGCUUGGUCUAUUUCAACAAUUUUGACUGGUCUGCUCAGCUUUAUGCUAGAGAAAACUCCAACAUUAGGUUCCAUUGUCACAUCAGAUUACCAGAAACGCUGUUUAGCUGCAGAAUCUCUCGAAAUUAAUCUUAAAAACAAAAUGUUUUGUGAAUUAUUUCCUGAAUAUGUUGAAGAAAUUGAGCAGUUACUGAAAGAAAGGCAAGAGGCAAUCCUACAUACAGAAAACACAAAUAGCAGCAGUGGUAGUGAAGUGGUUACUGAACAACAAUCUAACAUGUACUAUAUUUUGACUAAUCUUUUUGUGCUUGUUGGUUUUGUUUUUCUUGCUUAUAUGGUCAAAUAUGUUUUAGUCUCAAUAUCUAAUGACUAAGCAAUAAUUUAUACUUCAUAAAAAUGUAAAUAAUGUAAUUAAUUAUGUAUAUAAGACAUUCUUUAGAGAGAAACUACUUAUGUAAUUAAUGUUUAAACACGUAAAAUAUUUCCUAAAUUUAGAAAUCCAUUCUCUAACUUUCUUAAAUUGGUUCACAUUAGUAUUGAUAAGCUUCUAUUUUGAAGCAAAAAAAUACAAAGUAGUAAUUACCUUAACUAGAAAUAAUCAAACCUAAAGAUAAUUGCAUUACUCAUAAGAUGUCACUUUUCAACUCUAUGAAUAAUCAAAUCAUAAGUCUAUAAAUUGAUAUGUGUUGCCAUAACUUUCUCAUCUUGUAGAUAAUGUAUUUAUCUUUUAGCACUUCCAAAUAAAAUAUAGGAUUAUUCUCGUGAAACACUUAUGUAAUAUGAAGUAACUUUUAACAUCAUUAUUUUACAUUUAGUAAUGUAUAUUUAUUAUUUUGUGUUAUUUCCUAAUUAUGUUGAUUCGUUAAAAAACUGUGAUAAAGAAACAGUCUUGGGAAACUCUACUGUUCUUAAAAUUUAACUUAUAUUCCAUUAAUUGUGAAUUUUAUUUAAUAAUCAGACUGUGUUUGUCUGUCUACUAGAAUUAUAUUUUUGCAGUAAAUGAAACAAUUGGUAAUAGUACUAUGUCACUUGUAUUGUCUUUGCAUUUAUAAUGCAUUGAAUUAUUUGAACUUAUCAGAAAAUUUAAAUUGUUUUGUUUAACAAUUUUAUAAUGACAAUUGAAAUGCACUUAAGGAAAGAUUGUAUUCUGUAAUUGGCUAGGACUAAAAUGAUAUAUAAAUAAAUAGUAUUUUUUAUACUUAA